UCCCUGCAGCGCCCGGCGCGGUGUGGGGAGGCGGCCGCGCCGCCCGCCCGCCGCCGCCCCGAGCCCCCGCAGAAAAUGAUGCACCCUGUUGCCAGCAGUAACCCAGCUUUCUGUGGGACCGGCAAGAGCUCCUGCCUUAACGAGGACAAUGUGAGAGCCGCGGAGCAGUUCGACCUUUACGCCACCCAGCAGAGCAAGUACGGCCACGCCGUCGCCCACAAACCCAUCGCCUGCCAGAGACAGGACGCCCUGAGCGAGUCGCACUUGCAGACCACGAGUGGCAGGAGUUUAGAGACAAAAGAUGAACUGAAGAAAAAGAAAAACCUCAACCGCUCCGGGAAACGUGGGAGGCCCUCAGGGACCACCAAAUCAGCAGGGUACCGGACCAGCACAGGCCGACCCCUGGGGACCACCAAAGCAGCUGGAUUUAAGACAAGUCCAGGCAGACCCUUGGGUACAACUAAAGCAGCAGGAUACAAAGUCAGCCCAGGCAGACCUCCAGGUAGCAUUAAAGCUCUAUCACGGCUUGCAAAUCUAAAUUAUACUUGUGGCAGUGCAGCUUUUCCUUACCCUAUGGUGCAUAACAGAGGAGUACACGCUGCUGGUGAAACUAGUAGCAAAAUCAAACAGCCUAAUGAAUGAAAGGAGGGAAUUAGUAACUCCUUACUAAUCUGCUUUACGCUGAUUUUUGGGCAUGGUUCUCACGUUUUGUUGUAAUGUUUGUCUAAGUCUGGGUUUCUAGAUUUUAUUUCUAUUCAGAUAAUGCCAUAGCCUAUGGGUGCAGUUCAUAACAUUUACAGUCAUGCUGAGAAGGCUUUGGUUUAAAGGGGCUUUUGUUGGGCUUAAGUCAUAAUUGAUAAGAAAGUCUGAAGUGAUGAAUUACUCCUUGGUGUCGAUACUUAGGUAAUGUCCAUGUCCCUAAUUUUACAUCCAAUUUCUCACAAAUCUAGAUGAGGUGAUGCAUCAAGUAUUUGAAAUAAGGAGGACAGAAUUAGCUGGCUGAUGGAUCAUGAUGUGGCCUGUCCCAAAAUAAGCAACUUAGGCAGUUAAGUUCUUACUUGAUAAGAAAAAUUGAUAAAGAAAGCAGCAAGCUACAUUUUCUACUUCUGCAGGAGCCUCUAGGACCUCAAAUAGAUACCUAAAAAUUAAAUUAAAAAAACCCAGCCUUUUCUUUUUAAGGUGAUUUCAGGUGGCUUUUGUUUCCGGAGUUGUAGCAUUAAGUGAAUUACAACUAAUGCUCCAAAAAUAUUUUUGAAGAUACUGGAGAGACCUGAUCAUUUGUACAGUGUGUUACAGCUUCACAGCCUUACUAGGACAAGUUAAUUUGCCUUUGGGUGAGAGCUGUUCUUUCAGUUACACUGUCACUGCUGUGUAAUUGUGAAAUGCCUAAUAGUACAUAUACCAAACCACAAAUAAUUCUUUGAGAUUUGAAAUAUUUUAUAAGAAAUUAAGUACUGUUCAUUCUGGUUAGGCACUCGGUUAAUCUUAAGCAGUAAGUUCUUAAAUCUGUAAAUAGCUAUUUACGCUGGCUUUGGCCUUUAAAACCUGUGCUUAGAUGGCGACAGUUUAAUAGCUUUUGAAGUAUUAACCUAUAAUGUUUACAAAUUAAACUUUUUAAAUAGACACUGUUGCCAAAUUUUUAGACUCAAUUUUGCCAGAUAUUCCUGGAAAUACAAUUAUUUCGUUGUUUGACACUUAUAUUUAAGUUAUGUAAGCUUAUAUAUCUACCAAAGGACACUAUUUUCCUGAUUUAUAAAGGCAAACUGUAUAGCUGAUGCAAACAGGAUGCAGUUUACUGCACUGCUACACCCCAGAUACAGAGUAAUUCAUCUAUGCAUGAAAGCUGGAAAAAAAAUGUUGUUGGUUAACUAUAAAUACCUUUCUUGACUCAAACUAAAACCUUCCUUCCUCCCAAAAGAACUGCUCCAUUUUUCAACUGGGUGUGUUUAAUUUUUUUUUGAAGUGUGAGAGAGUGUGUGAAUGUGUAAAAUACUUUCAUCUAGACUUCAAAAAAAUCAGUCCUCAAUGUUGCAUAUUCUUGGUCCUAAAUUUAUUUUACUGAAAUUAAAGCUUUUUUUUUUUUUCAAUCUGGAAGAAAGUUUACAUUUAAGUCAUUUCACAUAUAAAAUGACUUUGUGAUAAAUUUGUAGCUUGAAAUAUCUGGGGAGGGGGGAGUUUGCAGAUUUGGGGGAGCAUAAAAAUUUGGGUUAAUUGAGCUUGUGCUGAAUGGGUAACGAUGCUGAUAAUUUUUGUUAACAUAAAUGUUAUUCUGGCCUGCUGUCAUUUUGAUGAGACCUCUUGAUUUCAGUGUUGACAAUUUAAGAAACAGAUGUCAUGUUUCAUACCUUUUUUAUCAGGAAAAAAGCAGCAAGCCUUCAGGUGUUCCAGUGAUGCCUAACACAUAUUGAGCUGGACUUUUGCUGUACUUUACAAUAGGUGUGUUGAAUGGUUUUGGGGGAACUGUGUAUGCACUGGCAACUAAGACAAUGAACCUCAACUUAUACUGGAUGGCUCCUUAGUCCAUAGAUGAACUAAUGGCAGCUAAACUGCUACUAAGGAAUAGUUUCUUCAUGCUGAAGCUCUGAAAUCCAGUUGUACCUUCUGUUCCUCAGCAAACUCUCCAGUCUGACCUUUAGCAUCCUCUCUCAGAACGAUGUAACUUCUGACACGUGCAAAUGCUAACGUGAGCUCGUUCACCCUCAGGAUCUGUGUUGUGGUGGCUGUUUUUAAUCAGAUGAUUUUUCAACUAAAGACUGCUUUAAGUUCUUUCCUGAACUCAGCUGGGCAAGCAGUCCUCUUCAGCUGAAUGUAUCACUGCAGGAGUGUCACACCUCGCUGGCAAGGAACGUGUUGCAUGUCACCACUGUCCCUUGGAGAAACUCCACUCCUUACCUCCUCCUGUUUAUCCUGUUGGCUCCUGCUCCGUUCCUCACUUGUGCAUCCACUCGAUGGUGCUGUGCUGUGUGUCAGGAGAUAAUGCAGAUGUAUUGCUGUUCUGCUAGUAUAAUUUGUAUUCAAGUAUGCUGAUGAAAUAAUGAAAUCACCUAA